ACCAAGGCCGGGCCCCCUUGACAGCCGCGGGCCCGGGUACACCAGACCCCCUGUCCCCCCCUCUCGUUAGGCCUGACUGGUGAACCAAGUGUUGGCAAAUGAUUUCUCACUCUUGCAGUCUGGCGAUACCUGUAUGCAGAAAAAAAAUCUUCAUAAUGAAGAGUCAAUGCCCUCAUUCAUUCCACUUGCCAUACACUUGAUAAAUUCUACUGGCUGUGAUGUUUUAACCCGAGAUGACCUAAUGUAGCGUACCUGCUGUUGCUCUGUGUGUGUGUACUUUGUAAGAAGUGGAUAGCCAAGGGGUUAGAGCAGUGGCGUCCAAACUGAGAAUGCGCUGUUUCAAUGCCUGAUUAGCGCAACAAAAUUUCCCCUGCUGACCCAGCUGGCGGGAAUAGGUACCUGACUCUGAGGGUUGGGAAAGGUAAGGCAGCCUGGGAGAGGAGAUGGUCACCACCUUCCAGUAAAAGCUGGCCCCGAGAAAAGUGAGGUUUCUAACACCUCACCCCUCUAUGACCUGAAAAGAAACUCACUGAAUUAGAAGAAUUCUUCGGAGCCCUGCAAUAGCAUGGCACCCAGUCAACAUUUGCGCUUCCUUUAUGUUGUAUGGGGAGUUUUGGAAUGUCUCCUCUUUGGAGGUCUUUUGUUUGGAUGGGGCUCAGUUGUUUUUGUUUUGAAGGAAGAGUGUAUUUUUUCCCAUCUUUGUCCAAACAAAACUCAAGCAAACAGAACUUUAGCAGAAGCUGAGCUUGAUAUUUAUAUGGAUAUCACAAGCACUAUGCAAACUGGUUACAGACAUCAUGAUGCUGCAAGUAACUACAGUUUUGUAAAAGAAAAGCAGAUGGCUGGCUCUUGCAGCUGUUUAGAAAGUGAUAGUGUUCUCUUUUUGGCAUUUACCAUUGGUACCAUGAUGUUUUGUGCUGGAUGUGCUGCAAUGGGUCUGAUCAGCAUCAAGUUCGGCACCCGAGUGACUCGUCUUUGUGCUCUGGCAUCAUUUCUUUCAGGAAGUCUCUUAACAGGGUUUACAUCAAAAGACUUCCCUUGGCUUAUUUUCCCUGGUCUUUCAUUUCUUGGAAUAGGUGGUAUCCCUUUAAUGAUGACCAAUGCACAGUUUUCCGUGCUGUUCACCCAUGGUAGCUCAACAGUGAUGGCACUAUUUUCUGGAGCUUUUGAUGCUUCUUCAGGAAUCAUGCUCAUUGUGAAGCUGAUUUAUGAAAGGGGUGUGGCAUUCAAAUGGUCCAUGCUGUUCAUCUCAAGUUUACACCUGCUGACUUUGGUGAACACUUUCUGCUUUUUACCUCGGGACUUUAUCCGCAAACCCACCCCAAGAAAUGUGGGCUCAGGUGAGCAAGGGGUUGAGCUCAUCACUAAGACAUCGCCAAGUGAUGCAUGCCCUGUCAGCGGUACUAAAGAAGAGGGGGCAUGCUUAACAUCUGAUGAGAAUAAAGAGGAUAAAGAAGAGAAAGAAGGGCUUCCUUCCGUCAUAUCCUGCAUCUUGUCUCCAGUCUACCUUUUCCAUGUUGUCUGGCUUUCGGUUUUGCAGUUGCGCUUCUACUAUUUUAUUGCAUCCUUUAACAGUUGGCUUACUGCUCUUGUUGCCUCAAGUGAAGUUAGCCAUUACACAAAUGCGUUGAUGUACACCAUGAUUUGUGGAUGCUUCAUGGCUCCUUUGUCUGGACUUGUUUACGAUUUCAACAAACGUUUCUUUUGUGAGAGCAAGUCUAAGUUGAGACGUGACUUGAUGCCAUCUGUACUUCCGCUAGCCUUGACUGGACUGUUUGGCAUAAUGGUGUCAAUACUAGUGCUUAUUCAAGACACUCGUGUUCUUUACCUGACGUUUAUCUUUGUUACCAUCUUCCGCUCCUUCUUGUACAGCAUGGCAGCUGCCUAUAUUGGUGUCAUGUUCCCCAGUGAGUACUUUGGAAUCAUGUAUGGUGUUAUGAUCAUACUUGCGGGUAUCUUUGGUUUGGCACAGUAUGGUCUUUUCUCAUGGGCUGAGGCAGCUGGAUUUUCAGUAGUAAACCAGUUUUUGGUUGCCUUUGUGGCCUUGGGACUGGUGCAUCCUCUUUACCAGUGGUUUGCCUGUUAUCGUGCUGAAUCUCAAGCACAAUGAAAUAUUGCACUGAAUCUUUAGUUUAACUUAUACACUACUUUAAAGGUACGAAGUUGUGUUUUCGUUGCUUUUUUAAAAGUAUUUUUUCCCUUUUUUUUUUUUAAUGACAAGUGAAGGUAACAAUGACAACAUUUUACGACUGUAGGUUGCUCCUAGUUAAACAAGAUCAACAGUUCAGAAUUACUAAUUGUGGUUCAUAAGCCAAAACGAAAAAUUUUUCUGUAUGAUUUCACCUCAUGCAUAUUUGAGGGUUUCAAAAACAAAGAGUAAUGCACUAUUACCUCUCCAAAAUGAUGAAAUCUACAGUGGCAAAUACCUUGGAUUCAAUUUUUUUUCCCAGGUGUACUAGUGUCCACAUAUUUUAUAUCUGUAGCCCCAAAGUUUGACAAUUCUCUAAUUUGUUAGGUGGAAAAAUGUGGAAUUAACAUGUUAAAAACACCUGUAUCUUUUGAACUACUAAAGAUACAGCUACAAAAUUCAUCAGUAUUGUUUAAGGGUAUGCGUAAAUCCGUUGUAAAACAUUUACUCUAAAUUACAAGGAAGAGAAAAUGGAUAAAAAUGAAAUUAAAAAUGUCCAUGCAUUCACUAAUUUGCUGAAUACUACAUCCAGGUAUGAAUUCUUAAUUCCAUUAUUGAAUAAGAAGUCUAGUAAGUUCUAGAGUUCUAGCAAUAAGAAAUUUUAGGUCAUAAUUUUUAAAAGCAAUUUACAAAUCUUUUAAGGUUCAAAAACUGAUCAUGUGUGCAAAAUCACAAACUCCAAACUAAUAUUAAUGGGCUUAUUUUUCACUUCUAUAGAUCAUAUAAGAACAGCCACAUUUCUGGAUUGCAGUAGAUUAAAAAAUAUAAAUCAUCUACACUUCAAAUAACAGCACAUCAUUGCUGGAAUGAUGCAAACCUUGGUGCAAGUGAAGCCUAAAGAUGACAUGUUUAAGAAAUCACUUUCAGUCUGAAUAUAAGUGAAUCUAUUUGCUAAAUAAUGUAUGGCUUUUUCACAAAUAUGUCAAAUCUUUUACAUGCAGUUAACUAAAUGUGCAUAUGUUACAUAUCUGUGCAUAUGUAGACACAACUGAAGUAUUUUCUGUUCUGUACAUGAUGCACAAAUUAUUGGGAAAGCAGAGCCAUCUGUUUUGGGUCUGACUGUUAGCUACAGUCAGUCCUGCUAAAGGGCCUCACCUCUCAGCUAUGCAACAGCCAGAUUGGUCACAUCUGGCCAACAGCAGAAUUGCAAUCAUCAUAGGUGAUGAGCAACUUGAAUUUAGCCUUGCUUGGAUAGAUGAAUUACCUAAUUUUGGCAGUCUUUUGUGGUAGAGUUCAGAUGCAUUGGCCAGCUUUUGUUAAACUUGAAACAAGGGAAAGAAGUGAUAUUAGCCAAUUUAUGUCAAUUUCAUCACAAGAAAUAAAUCUCCGACAUAAGCAAGGCAAGCAUAGUCUAGAAUAGGAGAUAAGUAUUAGCAAGAGUUCAUAGUGCUUUUUCAGCAUGUAGAGUUAUAUAUUUUUAUAAAAGAAGCAAAAAUAAACUAUUGUGAUUUUUGAUAAUAUGCUAGUUUUAAAACAGGGUGUCAUUUUGAGGUAAAAUAUCACUUAACUGUCUUUCAAACUUCAAAUCCCUGUUCUUGCUUGGAAGUGGUUUUCAUUUUUCAAAAGAAAUUUUGUGCAUUUAUUUUCCCGAUAUGCUUAGACAUUGCUUAAUUUCUGAUUUGGUUUUAGAUUUGUACAUACAUAUCUGUGUUAAAGACCUACCUGAUUGGUGAGACAUAUCAUGCUUAAGAGACUCCUUUUAUAUCCCUUAUUAAUACUUCAAACAUGAAAUUGUGUGGAGAAAUAUGAAUCUCAAGAAAUUAAAUAAAAGUGAUCUCGCCUGUUCAAAUGUCCAUUUAGGCCUGAAGCUGUGUGUGACAUCCCUACCAGCAGUAUCAUCGCUGAUACAAGUUGACUUAGAAGAUACUAAAUCUUGAAAGCCCAAGUGCAGAUAUGGAAACUAUUGUGUCAAUGAAUACACAGGAAAGCAGUGACGUAAUAAGUGUGCACACGUUUCUAAAAGAUUCAUUGUACAGAAGACAAUAGAUCAACUUCGUUUGUGCAUGUAGAGCUGACAUGCAAAUGUGGCUAUGCUCCUGAAUGUUACUCAAAUAUAUAUAUG